UAUCGCCGUACAAAACUCUCUGUAAAAGAAGAAGAAAAGAAGAAAAAGAAUUUGAUGAUAAAGAUGUUGUGGAAAUCUAUAGCACAGGACAAAGGGUGUCUUCCUCUGGACUUGCUUAUCCUAAAUGUGGCUCUGGCUUUCUUCAGUGCCAUUCUUGCUGUCGUUGCAUUUUUUCAGCUUGUCAGAAUUCACUUGCGAGAAAAAGAAUGGACGCGCCAAAAAGUACUCCACUUCAUGAUUGGCACUUCCAACACGGGGUACUUCAUAUAUUUUGCAUCUACCCAUUUUUCAACUUAUGAGAAGUGGCUUUGCUGGUAUCAUGUUUGUGGUUUUGUACUUAUGGCCUACCCCAAAAUACUGUUUCUUGCUGCAUUCCUUCUGCUUCUAUCUUUUUGGGUCGACCUCUGCCAUCAGGCGAAUGACGAAGAGGAUGAUGACGGUGAAAACAGUACCCAACAGACCUUGUUGGCAAAUUCAACCAACAAAUUUGGUUCAUCAAAUACAGAUGGCAAUUGGGCUUGUUGCUCAUUCCAAAACCUUCAUGUUGGUAGCUGCCAAAAUUUUGUGGUUGCGGUUGUUCUGCUUGUCUUCAUCGUAAUGGUAUCAUUUGCCAUGAUAAUCUGGAUUGGUGCCAGAGAGAAUUUCAUUAAUUCUUCAAUAGUUGCUCAGGUGUAUGAAGAAUUUAUUGCCUCAUUUCUCUUAGUGGGAGGAACAUUAGGUUGCUAUGGUCUCUUGCUAUCUCGAAAAUUAAGGAAAGUAUGGUCUGAGAGAGCGUCAUCAGAGAUGUGGAAGGUUGCUGGUUUAGCAGUUACCUCGGUCAUAUGCUUUACGUCAAGUGCUUUAGUAGCAAUUCUCACUGAUAUUCCCCUUUACUAUCAUUGGCAUCUGAAGAAAAUCUAUGGAGUAAGGGCCGUGCUUUUUCUGAUUUUGUACUAUCAUAUACGGUCUUUGAUUCCCUCAGCUUUUGUAUUAUGGAUAAUGUUAGAGUUGCCACCCGCAAUCACUCAUCGAGAGGAGCAACGAGAAUUAUAAUGUUUAUUAGCCGUGGAACUUCAGGGACCUAUCAUUGGCGGCGGCCCCCUGCCGUGACGAGUUCGAAGAAUCAGGUUUCUUCAUCACUCUUGCUUUGAAAUGACAUUGUUUAUCACCCACUUGCCCUAUGUUUUACAGUACUGAAAAAUCACACAUUCU